UGCUUCCUAACUAGCAACAUGUUUUGUUAUUUCUUUAGUGCACUCAAAGUAUACAGACCACUCACAUUUUGUUAUGUUGCGCCUUUAUGCUAAAUUGUCUAAAUCGUUUUUCUCUCAUCAAUCUACACUCAAUACCCCAUAAUGAAAAAACGAUAACAGGAAUACAUUGUUUGUAGCACAUCCGUGGAGAUGUCCUUUACCAAUCCCACUCUCAUUCCUGUCAUAUUGCUUAAAUACUAUUGUUGCGUGAUAUCAUUUGGCAGACUAAUCCAGCGUCAUUCCGGAUCGCAUUAUAAUUAUUGGCUGUUUUGCCCUCGAUGAUGUCUUCUCUCUUUUUUUUUUAAAUCAGAUUUUUUAAGCUGUUGAUCUCGCCUGUUUAACUGUGCUGCUGAGUGAAUUUGUCCUCUACACCUAAAGGUGUAUGACUUAUCGUGCGUAGCAAAUAGACGUAGAAGUUGGGCGUGUUCAUAGAUCACUGGUCUUUUGUUCAUGAGUGGCAGGAAAGUACUCCAAUCGCAUGGGGGAUUAGCUGCACACAGUUUGUUUAUAUAUUCGUGUAAACCUCAUUAUCAGCACACUACACACUGCACGUAUACAGGACAAGAUGACAAGCACUGUUGGUCUGUGUGUUCACGUCUACUUCUUUACUUAACCUUAGAGAUCAAUUUUCUCUAUACAGAAAGAAAUGACGUGUUACGACAUUUGCAAACAAAUGACAGCCAAGUACGAUCAAAUAACUAGGGAAGACCGAUUGCGUAUUUAACGUUUUUCAGAAGUUAUCGCAAAAUGGAGACGGAGUCUAGAAAACGCAAUUUGGACAGAAGUGCCAUGCAUCGAUUCGGAGACAGUGGCAUGAUGAUCCUGCCAUGGACAAAGCAAAUUUUAUUUGUUUUGUGGGAGCAGUUGCGCUUCCUGGUUCAUCUUAUCUACUACAGUUUCAUUUCAGUCUUUCAGAUGUUCCGUCUGGAGGUCCAUCUGAGAAUCUCAGAGGAGACCGGACCACACAUUCAACAUAUUAGCACACCUGGAAAUUCAGCAGAAGGCUUCUUUCUAUCCUCCUUGUUUGACAACAACAAAAGCGUUAUUGUCUCCAGCUCCAGCCCCUUGUCCAAGCUGAGUAGUGACCUGGCCGGCACCCACCCAGGGUCUCUGCUCUCCAGCCUGGUAUCAGAUGAGCUCUGCUGUUCUCUUGUGGAUGACUUUGUGGCUCGGGCGGCCGAGGGGUUCUCUGACACCGAGGACCUCAGCAUUGGCCAACAUGCCAGCUGGAAACUGAGCUGCCCUGGUGAGUGGAAUGUAUUUGUGGGAUCGGAGAACAGCGGCGGUAGCAGCGACUUCUACUACAGCUCCACACAUGAGGAUAAAGUCUUCAGCUGGGAGAGCGAUACGUCAGGUGAAAGCGAGAUUGUGUCGAAAUCCUAUGAUCCUAUUAAACCACUGAGUUUCUCUGCAAGCAUCUUCGGCUACUCUCCUAGGGAGAGCACAGAGCUGGUAGAGGCCAGUAGCUGGGAACUUAAAGUGGAGUCUUCACCCUCUGUGGAGGACAGCCCUGCACUUUUCUGCCCUGUCUUUGGGGGGUGCUCUGACAGUGAGAGUAGCUGGGGGAGUUCAGACUGCUCCAGUGCCGAUGGAGACAAAGAAGAGAGCGAGAAGCUGUGGGAGCUUUUCUCCAGCUCCUCAGACCCAUAUCACCCUCUCCACUUCAGUGCCUGUUCCUCUAGCUCCAAGACCUCCAAGAAGGAUGGAAGUAUGGUCCCCCGGCCUGACAAAAUAAUUAAACCCCCCACAGAGCUCCCACCCUCCCUGACCGAUACAGAAAGCAUGGGUCCUUCAUCCUUAUCUGAGGAUGAGGAGGAGGCCCUGUGGCAGUCGCUAUGUCACAAUGAUGAUCCAUACCACCCCUUGCAUUUCAAAGCCUGCCUCAGAAGCUUCACAGCUGAUGCUAAUACUAGCUCCACCACGCAGAACCCUGCGAAUGCUUGUCCAGAUUCCAGCUCCACUUCUCAGAAUUCUGCCCUUGAGUUGAAUCCAAGAGCAUUCCAGACUCUGAGAAGGUCAAAGAAGCCGCGUCUGCUUCAUAAGAGGCAACACAAGAGCCAUUGCUGCACCACCUCUCCUGACAAACCUGUCUUUGUCCCAUGGAGGAGAAAGGUCAAAUGUGACAUCAGAAAGGAACAUGAAAGUGGUCAACCUGCUGUGAAGAAGGUUCAGUUCUCACCACGGGUCCAGGUUCACAAAAUGAAGGCGUGGUCAUUUGCCCUUCAGGCCUCACGCAAAGGACAUUGGGAAGAGCUAGCCAGGGACAGGGGUCGUUUCUACAGGAGAAUCCAGGAAACCGAGCAGGCCAUUGGCUACUGUUUGAGCAAAGCACACCGGAAGUGGAUCCUUGCCCGUCAAAGAAGCGUAGAAGGCAAACAUCAUGGCAGUAAAUGGACUGUAAAACAGUCAGUUUCUCUCUCUUAACUCAUUUUUAUUGAAUGUAAACCCAACCGCCCCAUUGAGAUUGCAUGGCAGAGAAUGGACUGCUACUACCCCAACCCAUACCUCACCGCUGCGCUUAAGACUAUGGCCAUUGCACUGACUUUUGUUGUUGUCACAAGUUAAUUGAAUGUAUUUUCAUUUGCCUUAUAGACCUAGCAUUGUAUAUUCUUAAUACCUCAAUGAAUGUUUCUUUAGCCAUAUAAGUGACACCCAGAACCUCUGUUGAGAAAUCAUACGGUUAUUCUUGAUUGGAGAGGUCUGCAACUUCCUGUAAAGAGACGUUUGGUGGAGCUCACAAUUCUGCCGAAUUCUUAAGGUACAUGCAGAACAGCAAAAGUUGUAAAGGUUUCUUUUGAAGCUCUAGAAAUAAGGAGAAUGUGACUGUAAGAUGCCUGAUAAAACCAAACACAUGAAAGACCUGCUGCAUUUUGCAACAGGUAGCCUAGAUCUAGAGAGGGGUACUCCACACCACACAUCGUUACAGCCCCUCCACCCACCAGCUGGCUCACAUUACAAAAUGGGAACAUUUGGUUAUGGGAGCUACUCAAUUUCAUGACCAAGAACUACACACUUUGGAGCUUGCUUUAUUGUAGUAGGAAAAGCCUGGUGGGGCGCCAUGUUUACUCAUGAGGUAGCUGCCUAUCAACAAACCCUGGAUUGUGAACCCCCAUCUGUUCAUUAGUCAAUAAAGGCUGGUUUAGUGUGCUUGUAUGGAGUUGCUUUCCUGAGCUGCUGUCUUAUUAAAACUGGUCACCUGUUGUGGUGAGGGUGCACCUGUUGACAAGAAAAAUGAAUCAUGUGAGUUUCAUAUUUGAACAUUGAACACUGCCACACUCACAUGCCUGACUCAUACAUUUGUGUUUAGUUGAUAAGGUAUUGAAACUGAUAUUCUAAUUGUGAAACAUUAGCUCAUAUUAUCAUCUUACAAAGCUCUUCUGCUUGACAUAGCUUAGACAAAAACACAGCAUUGUCAUAACAAUGAGGUUGGCUAUUUUGGGUUGUUGUGUGUGUAUGGAUUUCUUUUUUUGUUUUUUUAUGCUGUAGUAACUUACUAAAAGAUCAUGCUGAAAACCA